AUGAAAGUCGUCGUUGUAGUGCGUUUUACCGAUGCUGACGGUGGCACCGAGCCGUUCCAGGACUUGGAGCUUCCGCUUACCAUCAAUUUCGAUAAAGACGAUGUCAAUACGCUUGUUAGCAGUAUGUGGCUCAAACAGCAGAUUCGUGCCAACCGUAAAGGCACCGACAAACGCCGUAUAAGGCUUAUCUAUAAUGGACGGGUGUUGAAUGAGCUUACAAACUUCCGUGACGAUAUCUUCACGCCCAAGUUGCGCCAGAUGGAGCUUCUGGAGAUGGACGAGCCGUUGAAGAUCUAUAUCCAUUGCCUUGUGGGAGAAACACUUACGAGUAACCAGCUUGCUGAGGAGCGGGAGCUUGACAGGAGACCCCAGCAGGUGUCUACGGCUCCGCAGGUUGUCGGUUUUGACCGUUUGCUCCAGCAAGGAUUCAGUCAGGAAGACGUGAAUGACCUUAGACGGCAGUUUCGGGACGUCUACUUGCCUGAGGCUCUCCAGCACAUGAACGCAGGCGAUGUCACAGAUGUGGAAGAAGAAGAGGCCCGCCAGCAGCUUAUACGACAGAUCGAGGAGCGUUGGAUCGAGUCUACCAUCAAUGGAAACAACACAGGUAGUAUCACUACCAGCGCAGGCGCUGAAGACGAUACUGGCGUGAUUGCUCCCACAGUACGUGCUCUGGCUGAGCUUGAAGAGUCUAACCAUAAUGAGGAUCUCGUUGUGGGAAUGCUUAUUGGAGCCUUUUUGGGCGUGGUGGCCGUGAUCUUUGUUUUGCUCGACGACUCGUUUGUCAAUAAGGACCGCCGGUGGGCCAUUUACGCUGGCGUCAUGGCUAACUUGAUGUACGCCAUUCUUCGAGGCCAGUGGUUAUAG